CGUGAAUCGUGGACUCUUUCUCUGCUUGUCCUCUCUCUCUCUCCCUCUCGUUUAUCGCGACGUACUUGCAAAAGGAUCGUGCAAUCGUGUUUCUCUCGUGUCUAUCCAUAAGACUACAUUGCAGAUCAUGGCUCCUCCAACUUACAACGACCUAGGAAAAAGUGCUCGAAAUGUCUUUAGUCAAGGUUAUCACUUUGGCCUGUUUAAAUUAGAUGUAAAGACUAAGACUCAUUCCGAUGUAGAAUUCUGUUGCGGUGGUGUAUCCAAUCAGGAUACAGGAAAAGUAUUUGGUAGCUUAGAAACCAAAUAUAAGUUCAAGGAAUAUGGAUUAACAUUUAGUGAGAAGUGGAAUACCGACAAUACCCUUGGCACUGAAGUCAGCAUCGCCGACAAGUUACUUAAUGGUCUUACUCUUGGUUACAGCUGUACCUUCUCACCACAAACUGGUUCUAAGACUGGAAAAUUAAAGACAACUUAUAAACAUGAAAAUGUGUCUGCAACUGCUGAUUUCGAUCUUAGUCUGUCCGCCGGACCUCUUAUUUAUGCCUCCGCUGUGGUAGGUUACCAAGGAUGGUUAGGUGGCUACCAAGCAUCCUUUGACUCGCAAAGGAAUAAACUUACGAGAAAUAAUUUUGCUCUUGGAUUUACCGCUUCUGAUUUUACUCUUCACAGCGCUGUGGAUAAUGGUCGCGAAUUUACUAGCUCAAUUUAUCACAAAAUUAAACCAGAUUUGGAGGGAGCGAUCAAUUUGGUGUAUAACUCUAGCAAUAACGUAACACAAUUUGCUAUUGGCACAAAGUAUAAUCUAGACGAUGAGGCUAGUAUUAGAGCCAAAGUGAAUUCUAAUCUUCAAAUAGGUUUGGGAUAUCAACAAAAACUGCGAGAUGGUAAAGUUUAAAAAUCAUUGUCUUUCAAAUCUGCGGAG